AGUCACUUGCCUGACCUGAGUGAGCUCUCAUGAGCCGCAGAGCUUCCGUGAACGCGCUUUGUUUUUCAUUGGUGUUGGACCUGCAAAUAACGUUGCUGUCUCUAAUUUAACCAGACUCUCAAAUCAGAUUGCGACCUCACAAGCAUGGCGUCAGAAUGUCUGCAGGACCUGCAUAUAGAAGAUGAAGAGCAGCGUCACAUCUCUACAAAGGUAAAGAUGAGCCAGAUAGUGCUGCCCUGUCAUGCCAACCACUGUGGGGAACUGAGUGUCGGACAGCUGCUGAAAUGGAUGGACUGCACAGCGUGUCUCUCUGCUGAGAGACAUGCUGGAUGUCCCUGUGUAACAGCUUCUGUUGAUGACAUCUACUUCGAGCACACCAUUGGUGUGGGACAAGUGGUCAACAUCAAAGCCAAAGUCAACAGAGCCUUCAAUUCAAGUAUGGAGGUGGGGAUAGAGGUGAACUGUGAGGAUCUGUACAGUGGUCGUCAUUCCAGAGUUUGUCAGGCCUUCGCCACAUUUGUUGCCAGACGCACAGGGACAAGUAAGGUGCAGUUAAAGCAGGUGGUUCCUCGCACACACAGAGAGCAGGUGGAACACAGUUUAGCAGCUGAGAGAAGGAGAAUGAGACUUAUUCACCAUGACAUCAUGCAGGACUUGCUCAACAACAAGAACUUCCAGAAGAGUAUCUCUGAGGAGGCAGACAGCCGUGAUGAAGAUGAGGCAGUGGACACAGAAAGGACUCGUGUGGAGAGCGUUGAGCUUGUUCUCCCUCCUCAUGCCAAUCAUCAGGUCAAUACAUUCGGAGGCCAGAUUAUGGCCUGGAUGGAAAAUGUGGCUACUAUUGCAGCCAGUCGUUUGUGCAAUGCCCAUCCCACUUUGAGGACCAUAGACAUGUUCUACUUCAGAGGACCUUCUCAAGUUGGAGAUCGGUUGAUUCUGAAAGCCAUUGUCAACAACACAUUCAAGAACAGUAUGGAAGUAGGCGUAUGUGCUGAAGCCUAUCAAGGAGAGGAACCUCUGAGACACAUUAAUAGUGCUUUCAUGACAUUUGAGGUGCUGGAUGAAAAUGGAAGGCCACGCCCACUGCCUACUAUAAAACCUGAACCUCAGGAGGGUAAGAGGAGAUACCAAGAAGCUCUUGCCAGGAAGAAGAUUCGACUUGAUAGGAUGUACAUCAUCACAUGUAAGCAGACUGAAGUGCCACUGUCUGUCCCCUGGGACCCCAGUAACCAGGUAUAUCUGAGUUAUAACAACGUGUCUGCUCUGAAGAUGCUUGCAGCCAAAAACAACUGGGUUCUUACCUCAAAGAAGAACCACGUGAGUCUGUAUACAGUGGAGGAGAAUCAGAGCUUGUGUUUCAGGGUGGAGUCUGAGGUGGAUGUCCCAGCACACAGAGCAUUCACCCUCGUCUCAGAUCUCAGCCGUAGACAAGAGUGGGACCAACAUUACACUUUGUGCGAGCUGCUCAUCAGGGUGGAUGAGGAUGAUGUCAUCUAUCGAGUUGUCACACCCUCGGUUGGUGACAAUGGAAAAGCUCAGGACUUCAUUUUACUGGCUUCUAGAAGACCACCCUGUGAUAGCGGGGAUCCGUAUGUCAUUGCCCUACGAUCAGUCUCUCUGCCUACUCACCCACCCAUAGAGGGCUUCAACAGGGGUGAGGUGGUCUGCGCUGGUUUCACUAUUUAUGUGGUGUCAGAAAGUGUCUCUAAGAUUUCCUAUUAUAAUCAGGCCAGUCCAGGAGUGCUGCCAUACAUCUCCACCGAUAUCGCAGGGCUCUCCUCCAGCUUUUACUCAACGUUCUGCGCAUGUAGCCGGUACCUGCUGGAGAACAGAGUCAGUCUGUCUGCACACACAUCUGAUACAUCAUCACAAUCUGCUGUUGGGUUAAACACACCAUUGUGAUGCAGCCAAUCCAGUCUUAAUGGCCAUACUUACCUCUGUCUACAUUUCUGUAUAACCACAAAAAAAUCACAGUGAAAACAAGAAAUAUACAUGGUGACUAGUGAGGACUAAGUAGUUAUUAAAUCAGUCACUUGCCUCUUUUGUUCAUAUAUACAGUAAAAUAAACCAUCCAUUACUGUGUUAUUUGUAUUGAGGGGCUUUAUUGUAAUAAAUGGUACUGAUAAGUGUUUUAAUAUAUUAUUAGAGAUGCAACGAUACUAAAUUUCUCCACCGAUACCAAUAGCCUAUUAUUCAGAGUGAUAACGAUUCUGAAGAUUAAUUUAAUAUUUCUUAACUUUAUAAUUGUUAUUAAUUCAUAUAAUGACUAUUAAUAUCAAACAUCAAACUGGUGAUGUUUCUUAAAGGGGUCAUAUGACAUGGCUAAAAUGAAUAUUAUAGUUUGUUUUAGAUGUAUUGCAAUGUGUAUACACGAUUUAAGGUUAAAAAAUGCUGUAUUUUCCACAUACUGUGCAUGUUUGUAUCUCCUCUUUGCCCCGCCUCUAUGAAACGCACAGAUUUUUUUAUAAAGCUCAUCGCUCUGAAAAGCGAGGUGUGCUAUGAUUGGCCAGUUAACCAGUGCGUAGUGAUUGGUCGAAUACUGCAAGCGUGUGAAAAUGUAACGCCUCUUACCAUAUUUGGAACAGCAGGUUCCAAAGCAAUUGUACUGGCAGGUACGCCCACCUUACUUGCAUAUACAUUUGGGCGGUCUUAGUCAAAUCAUACCACGAACUGACGUAGAUUUGUGGGGUGUGGUCUGGGUGAGCUUUAGAUAGAAUGCAUUUUUUGUUCCGACACGUUCAUUUAUGCAAUUUUACGUCUCUAAUACAUGCAUGGGCAACUUAUAACACACCAAAGACACAGAAAAACACGUAUUCACGCCAUAUGACCCCUUUAACAGUUUCUAUAUACAGAGCACAAAUUCAUUGCAUUUUCCUGUCCUCUUUAGAUUGAUCAUCUGCUGUUUUAAAAUAUCAUCCAUAUGUGGUAUAAUAUGGUGAUUCCAGACCUGUACUUACAGAAUUGUUAAUAGAGUCAGAAAGACACUGAAAUCAUUAACAUCCCUAUCCAUAAUAUAGGAACAUGAUCUCUGUUUAUGGUUUGCUAACCUCUGCUUGUGGAAUGCUGCAUGGUUUCAGUCAGGUCUGUUAUAUCUGGCACUGUCACAUCCCUAAAUAACAGCUUCCUUUCCCACAUUGGCAUAAUUCAGAAUGUUCACAAAGUAUGUGUUUUUAUUUUAGAAGUAGGAAAAACACUUUUCUCCUGUCAGCUUUUAAAAAUGAAUUCUUAACACUAACAUUGUUCAGAUGUGUUUUAUGUCCUUUUAUAGCUGUAAUGUAUUGGUGCAGAAAAAUGCAUGUUUAUUACUGAACAAAUGUUUAAGAGUGAAUUGAACAACAAUGUGAAACAUUUUAAUUGUGUCUGUGUAUAUCUGCAAUAAUUUUGGUUCAAUAUAUACAGUAAAUGGUAAAGUCCUACGUUUAAAGAGAAAGCUGUUUUGUUAAAAAGAUACAUGUUUACUGUAUAUUUCUAUUUAUAUACUGCAUUUCUAAAAACUAACAAGUUUAUAAAAGUAUUAAGCCUAUGUACAAUAAAAGUGUAUUUGUUACCAUUACUUAAUGCAUUCGCUAACGUAAACUAACAAUGAAUGAUACUUCUACAGUGUUUAUUAAUCUUAGUUCAUGUCAAUUUUCAGCAAUAUAUUUUUAUACAUUAAAAGUUGUAACUGUUAACUUUAGUUAACACAAUGAAUUAUCAUGAACAAUUGUAUCGGCAUUAACAAACUUUAACAAAGAUUAAUAAAUGCAUAAAAAUAUAUGGGUCAUUGUCAGUUCAUGUUAGCUAAUGCAUUUACUCAUGUUAACAAAUGCAACCUUUUUGUAAAGUCUUAUUGAAACGAUAUAAAUAUUAAACUUUGUAAAAUAUUAAAUCUCUGUACAGGUUCAAU